GCUCAUAGUUCAACCACGAGCUUAAUAAACGCUAACACUGAACACAUUUAUUUAUACAUCACAUCGUGCAAUUUAUUUGUACUGACUCAAAGUAGGUUAUCCAUCUCCACUUCAUGUAAAAAAGUAAAGGAGUGUUAUUUGCACUUUUUUUGUCUUGUCGUUUCCAAUUUCAUUAUUUAACAGAUAGCCUUUAGUCACAUUAGUGGCUCAGUCAGAAUAGCCCUCUUCUGUUUAUCUCUCUCUUUCUGAGCCUCACUCUGGAAUCAUCACCUGCAGAGGCAGAGGCAAUUAAAGCCGAUCGAAUGUUUUAAUGCAAACGAGUGUCACCUGAAGCUGAACAAACAAGGAACACCUGGCUAGCAACAACCGCCAUCACCACAGAUGCAUACUAUUUUUCCAUCCCUGAAAUACAACAACUGUCGCAGAAAGCAAACAAGUAAGCUUGAGUAAUCAACAAGCAAUCAACUUAAUAUUUAUAUUGUCAGUUUGAAAAGAGAUGAGAGAAGAUAAUAGGUAGAACAGCAGCAUGGAGCGACAGUAGAGAGAAGAAGAGCCCUGCCAUGCCCGGUUCUCCUGUGGAUGCUAAGACUCAUUCCAGAUCAGCCCCCAGCAGCAGCGCCAGCUCCACGAUGCCACCCCUGCCUUCUGUCAACCCCAGCGGCCCUCGGCCGGCUUCCUUCUCCACCACAGCAUUGACCAAUGGGAAUCAUCAUUCCCCACCAACCCUGAAUGCAGUGCCGUCUCCACCGCAGCGCUACAGCAACGGACCGUCCUCUUCCUCUUCCUCAUCGCUGGCUAACCAGCAGCUGCCGGCCACCUGUGGGGCUCGCCAGCUGAGCAAGCUGAAACGUUUCCUGACCACGCUGCAGCAGUUUGGCAACGACAUCUCUCCUGAGAUUGGAGACAGUGUCCGAAGCCUGGUUCUGGCCCUCGUGAAUUCAACAGUCACCAUUGAGGAGUUCCAUUCACGGCUUCAAGAGGCCACCAACUUCCCCUUGCGGCCCUUUGUUAUUCCUUUUCUUAAGGCAAACCUUCCCCUUCUGCAGAGAGAGCUGCUCCACUGUGCACGGGCAGCCAAGCAGACCCCAGCGCAGUACUUGUCCCAGCAUGAGCAUCUCCUGCUAAGCACCACCAUGGCUUCCUCUCCAGACUCCUCCGAGCUGCUGAUGGAGCCUCCGGAGGCUGUCACUAAGAGACACAGCCCCAGCAGAGCUAAAGAGAACGGCUUCCACGAACGACCCCCGCCAGCCAUGGAGCCCGCCGCCAAACGAAUCUGCACCAUCAGCCCAGCUCCCAGACACAGCCCCGCCCACCCGCUGCCCCUCAGCGCCCAGCUUCACCCGACCCCUCCGCCCUUGCAGCACUACGCCCUGGACGACAUCGCAGCACCACACAUCCUCCACCGCGAGCACAGCCAGCGCAUGUUGGAGAUCCGCGAGCUCAAAGACAGGCCCAGACUGCCUGGCACUAACGGGGGCUACCGCGAGGAGCCGGUGGACCACAGACUGACAGACAGAGAGUGGGCUGAUGAAUGGAGGCAUCUGGACCAUGUGCUGAACUGCAUUGUGGACAUGGUGGAAAAGACACGGCGGUCUGUGAGCGUGCUCAGACGAUGCCAGGAGUCAGAUCGCGAAGAGCUCAACUACUGGAGACGACGCUCGAGCGAGCAGGAGGACCCACGCAAAGGAGGCUCAGGCUCGGCUCCCUUCUCAAAGACACACAGCCCACACUCUGCAGAGACGGACUCCCAGCGCGACUUUGCUCCACGGCCAGGAUCAGCAUACGUUACAGAUGAGAUCUGGAGGAAAGCUGAGGAAGCGGUGAAUGAGGUGAAGCGUCAGGCCAUGGAUGAGGUCCAGAAGGCAGUAGCAGAGGCUGAGCAGAAGGCUUUUGAAAUGAUUGCUUCAGAGAGGGCUAAGAUGGAAAAGACUCUGGUUGAUGCAAAGAAGAAGGCCAAGGAGGACGCCAUCAUGGUCAUCAAUGAACAGGAGGAUUCCAGUGAGUGUUGCUGGAAUUGCGGCCGCAAAGCCAGCGAGACGUGCAGCGGCUGCAACGCAGCUCGCUACUGCGGCUCCUUCUGCCAGCACAAAGAUUGGGAGAGACAUCACCUCAUCUGCAGCCCGGGACUUCAGGCUCAACCCAAGUCAGUUUCUGCCAUCACUGCGAGCCGGGCAGCCGCCGUGGCCACAGCGGCGGCGGCAGCAGCAGCAGCAGCAGCCGGGAUGUCUCCCGCCAGUCUGGUCGGGGUCAAGGCCCCCGACAGCGUCCCUUCAGUCUCCAGUCCUGGUGGAGAGAAGGCUUCGGUCACCUCUCGCUCCUCCACCCCUUCCACCCCCGCCUCGGCCCCCGAGGCCAACGGACACUAGGAGGGGGAAGGACCUCAGCGACAUCACCUAUCCUCUUCCUCACCGGGGGAAGAAUUGAAUCAGCAGAAAGAGGGAACUAUUUGUGGGUUAAGUUAGGAUAACAGAUUUUUCACCAUUUCUCUUUGGCAGAUAAAAAAGGACAGAUUAUGGAUGACUGUUUGAGUGAUAUGUCAACUGGGACUUUGGCUUUGGCAAAGAACAGACGGACUCGUCUCGAAUGCAUCUAUUGGAUGAGCAGAUCUCCUUAACAGAUGGAAACGUGUUUGUCUUCGUCCAAAAAAACCCAAAUCUUGGAUCCGCCAAGGACGGAAAAAAAAACUGACGAUUGAUCUCAGUUUAUCUCUGGCCGCGGGGAGAAAGUUAUGAAAGGGAGACAUAUGAGAAAAAGACAGAGGAGAUUUAAAAAAAAAACACUGAGGUAUGAAGACACCUCCCCCUCAAAAACAAUAUUCUCACUUCGUCGUGUAUAGAUAUAAGAUAGGGAGGUGGUGUUGGAAAAUGUAAACAGUGUAAUAGUACCAGCCAUAAAGCAUCUGUUCUCGUCCUGUAGGAAAAAUCUGACAGCAGACCACAUAAGAGUCGUCUCUGCAGCUCCUCCUGUAUACAUAAAUAUUUGCUCGCCAACUUCUUGUCCGGUUUUCAUAUGUGUGAAUGCGUGUGUCAAACGGUCGUGCCAUCAGUGAAUAUUGUACAGCAUAUGAUAACUUUUGUCAAAGCAAUAUUAAAGUGAAGUGUUCAGGUAUCUCAAGCUGUUUCUGCAUCACCAAAGUUGGAGGGAGAGAGUCGUCGUCAUUGUCCAUAAAUGUCCUUGUGAACAAGAGAUAAUUAUACACUAACCCUGCAUCCUAUCUACUUUUAUAACGAGCUUAUCUAGGGACUCUGGUUACUAUUUUUCAUUUCUGAUCGUCAGACAUCUUCAUAAGAGAGAAAGAGUUGAUGGUGGUUGGACCAAUUAAGUACAGGAAGAUGAAGUUAAGGCUUUAUUCUGGUUGCAGUUUCAUUUUGGCACUUGUUCGCGUCACCAGUUUUGUAUAGCUGGGUCAGAUGAUGCUCCAAAUCUUCCACCAUUGCAAUAUUUGCAUCAGGGGUUUUUAAUACAGCUUUUUUCCAAGCACAGAUUUCAACAAAAGGAUACAUCAUAAAGAACAAUUUAAUCAGCUUCAUUUAAUUUAAAAUUAUCAAAAAAAGGAAGUAUAUUCUCACUGGUGCUUACAUUGCCGUGGUGCAGGUUUCGAGCAGCGACUGUUCCACGGAGAAUCUCAGGAGCUAAACUGUAUUUGUAUGUACAGAUCAUUCUGUUCUUUUUUUUUUUCUUUUGUCGCAGUUAGGUUCAAGUCAAAGGGUUAGCGAGGAACUUUGAUUUAUCAUACUCUGCUGUUACAACUGAGACGUUGUUUCUGUUGGUUUUAAGAUGACUUUGUAAAGAAUAUUAUGAGAGAAUGCCUUUAUUUUGUGAGCCACGAUUUUCUUCGUUCUUUAAACACGUUCUUUUGUUAUGAGUCAUAACUUCAUAUGAAAAAAGAUAUCUUGACAUGAAGUAUGAAAUAAAGAAAUAGACUUACUUCA